AUGUGGAAGCUCAGUCUCUCGCUCCUCGCUUUCGUGUCUCGGGUCUCGAGUCUGAACAUCCUGCUCACCAACGAUGACAGCUGGGCUUCUGCUAAUGUCCGUGCCACCUUUGACGCGUUGAAGGCGGAUGGUCAUGACGUCCUCAUGCUCACUCCGCACCCUAGUCCGGCCGUCCAGCAGUCCGGCAAGGGCGGUACCUUCGUGCUGCCUACCUCCAACAUCACACAGGGCGGCGCUGAAUUUGGCACUGUCCCUGCGGCGCACCGUUCUUCGGCCAGGAUGUGCAAAACGGCGACCUCUUUUAUAUCAACGCAACGCCCGCCGCCGCGCACCGUGGGACGGGAGGCUGCAUUCGGGAUUGAUAUCGUCGCUCCGAAGAAGUUUGGCAGCGUCCCUAUCGAUCUUGUCGUUUCCGGUCCCAAUGAAGGUCACAACAAUGGGCCGUUCCUUUUCACACUGAGCGGCACGAUCGGCGCAGCCUACUUGGCAGUAGAGCGAGGGAUUCCGGCCAUCGCCUUCUCAGCCGGCAACAACACUCACCGCUCCUUCACAACGAACACAGGCGAGGCUGACGAUCCCGCGAACCUCGCUGCAAAGGUGUCGCCGACCUUUGUCAAUCUACCCACGUUCGGUCCGGGCAUCAACUGCACCGCUCCCCCCUUUGUAUUCACUCGUCUCACUGGGGGUGCCACCGUGAACCAGGUCACUAUCGACAACACUACUGGCUUCCCUGUGGUCGCCAAUGGUGUCAAUGCCAACAUUAACGGCGUUCGUGAUGACCCUGACUCCUACGAGCGCAGGCUGCGCGACUGCUGUCAGCAUCUUCUCGUCGACUACGAUGCUCCCGAGCGCAUUGCGGUGCCCCUGCAGAAAGCUCUCAAGCACGUCGUCCGCGGAAAUUCGGCUUACUGA